UUCUGCUCCUCUAGCGCAAGGAAGCAAUGGUGGAUGAUGGUGCACCGGUGUUGUUGCUAUUUCGUACCGGCAAGCAUGCGAAGGAGGUCAAGAUGCUGUUAUUUAUGGCGCUGCUGUUGUUUCUCUUUUCAUUUGCUUCACCUCUCGGUGACGAAGGACAAACAUUAAUGACUAUCAAGGCUUCUUUCAGCAACGAAGCAAAUGAGUUGCUUGAUUGGGACGAUGUGCACAAUGACGACUUUUGUUCUUGGCUCGGAGUAUACUGUGAUAACACCAGCAUUACUGUGCUUACUCUGAAUCUGUCAAGUUUAAACUUGGGUGGCGAAAUAUCACCAGCCAUCGGUGAAUUGAGAAACUUGCAAUCCAUAGAUCUCCAGGGGAAUAAACUAAGUGGUCAAAUUCCAGAUGAAAUUGGGAACUGUGCCUCGCUUGUCCAUUUAGAUUUGUCUGAUAACCAGUUGUAUGGGGACGUGCCUUUCUCCCUAUCAAAGCUAAAGCAGUUGGAGUUUCUGAAUUUGAAGAAUAAUCAGUUGACUGGUCCUAUCCCUUCAACAUUAACCCAAAUUCCUAACCUGAAAACGCUUGAUCUUGCUCGAAACCGCCUCACUGGUGAGAUACCAAGACUGCUCUAUUGGAAUGAAGUUCUGCAGUAUCUGGGUUUACGAGGGAACAAUCUGACUGGAACUUUGUCCUCCGACAUUUGUCAAUUAACUGGUUUGUGGUAUUUUGAUGUGAGAGGCAAUAAUUUAACGGGCACAAUACCUGAAAGCAUUGGAAACUGUACAAAUUUUGAAAUUUUGGAUUUAUCAUAUAAUCAGAUCAGUGGGAAAAUUCCUUACAAUAUUGGAUUCCUGCAAGUUGCAACCUUGUCUCUUCAAGGUAAUAGGCUAACUGGGAAAAUUCCAGAGGUGAUCGGUCUGAUGCAAGCACUUGCUAUUUUGGAUUUGAGUGAGAAUGAGCUGGAGGGACCUGUCCCUCCAAUAUUUGGCAAUUUAUCUUUUACUGGGAAGCUGUACCUCCAUGGAAACAAACUUUCUGGUCCUAUACCACCAGAACUUGGCAAUAUGUCUAAAUUAAGCUACCUGCAAUUAAAUGACAACCGAUUAGUUGGCAAAAUUCCUGAAGAGCUUGGAAAGCUUGAACAUUUGUUUGAAUUGAAUCUUGCCAACAAUAAUCUUGAGGGAUCUAUUCCACAUAACAUCAGCUCCUGCACGGCCUUGAAUCAGUUCAAUGUGCACGGUAAUCACUUGAGUGGAUCCAUUCCUGGGAGUUUUAGAACCCUUCAGAGUUUGACUUACCUAAAUCUUUCUGCUAACAACUUCAAAGGGAGCAUACCUGUUGAGCUGGGCUAUAUCAUAAAUCUUGAUACGCUGGAUCUGUCAAGAAAUAAUUUUUCAGGUCCAGUUCCACCAUCUGUUGGUGACUUGGAGCAUCUCCUGACCUUGAACCUGAGCCAUAACCUUCUUGAUGGUCCAUUACCUGCUGAAUUUCGGAAUAUGAGAAGCAUACAGAUUAUUGAUAUUUCAUACAACAGUCUUUCGGGUAGUAUCCCUGGGGAAAUUGGUCAACUGCAGAACCUUGUGUCUCUGAUACUGAACAACAAUGAUUUGCACGGGAUAAUUCCAGAUCAGCUAGCUAAUUGCCUGAGUCUCUCCACCUUAAAUGUCUCAUACAAUAAUUUAUCUGGAACUAUUCCUCCUAUGUGGAAUUUUUCACGUUUUUCAUCUGACAGUUUCAUUGGAAAUCCGUUAUUAUGUGGAAAAAAGUUAGGUUCAUUAUGUGGUCCUUACAUGCCGAAAUCCAGAGCAAUUUUUUCAAGGGCUGCAGUUCUUUGUCUAGCACUGGGUAUCAUCACAAUAUUGGUAAUGGUCAUUAUUGCUAUUUAUAGAACCAUACAGUCGAAGCAUUUGAUGAAAGGAUCGGGCAGAUCUGGACAAGGUCCUCCCAAACUUGUAAUUCUUCAUAUGGAUAUGGCACUUCAUACCUUGAAUGAUGUAAUGAGAGCUACUGAGAAUCUCAGUGAGAAAUAUAUCAUAGGUUAUGGUGCCUCUAGUACAGUAUACAAAUGUAAUUUAAAAGGUUCCCGGCCAAUUGCAAUUAAGCGACUUUACAACCAGCAUCCACACAAUUUGAAAGAGUUUGAAACAGAACUUGAGACUGUUGGUAGCAUCAGACAUAGAAACCUUGUCACCUUGCAUGGCUAUGCACUGACCCCCUAUGGAAAUCUCCUGUUCUAUGACUAUAUGGAGAAUGGCUCUCUGUGGGAUCUUCUUCAUGGUUCCUUGAAGAAGAUGAAGCUUGACUGGGAAACACGAUUGAGGAUUGCUGUUGGCGCUGCCGAAGGACUUGCUUAUCUCCAUCAUGAUUGCAACCCUCGGAUUAUUCACAGGGAUAUAAAAUCCUCUAAUAUUUUACUGGACAAGAACUUUGAACCUCAUCUUUCUGAUUUUGGUACUGCAAAAAGCAUAUCAACAACAAGAACUCAUGCAUCAACUUUUGUCCUUGGAACCAUAGGGUAUAUUGAUCCCGAGUAUGCCCAGACUUCUCGGUUGAAUGAAAAAUCAGAUGUUUACAGCUUUGGCAUCGUUCUGUUAGAGCUACUAACUGGGAAGAAAGCAGUAGAUAAUGAGUCUAACUUGCUACAAUUGAUACUAUCCAGGGCAGAUAACAACACUGUAAUGGAAGCUGUAGAUCCAGAGGUCUCUGUGACCUGCUUGGAUUUGGCCCGUGUGAAGAAGACCUUUCAGCUUGCACUACUAUGCACCAAAAGAAACCCUUCUGAGAGGCCUACCAUGCACGAGGUUGCAAGGGUAUUGGCGUCUCUACUGCCUGCGCCGCCUAAUAAGGCGUUUACUACACCGGCAAAGAUGGCUGAUUAUGCACAAGUGUUGAUAGAAAAGGGACAAUGUCAAAUGAUGGGGUUGGCGCAACCUAAGAAGGAGGAUAAUUCUUCUGAUGCUCAUUGGUAUGUUAGCUUUGGAGAUGUAUGCAAGAACACCCCCUAAGUCCGCAAUUACUUUCUCUGAAGUAGCAGUUAGGAUUACCUAAGGCAGGCUUUUUUUGUAGAUGGGCUUUUCUGAGAUUAUGGACAGAUUAGUAUUAUUAUAGAUAUAGAUAGGCUUUACUGGAAGCACAACUUGACGUUCUAAUUUGACCAUCAAGAAUAUAGUCCUAUUAGCAACGUAUAUGGCACUUUGUUGUAUGAA